UCGUCAGCCACGUGCUGGCCUCAGAACACAAGAAAGGUGGCACAGGAUUGGCCCAUACUUCCUUUAAAAAAGCAAACCCGCCCCUUCUUUACCCGCCGAUUUCCCCGCAGGCGUGGUGCGAAAUGGCGAACUGUAGAGGCUCGCGCAACGCCUAUUAUUUCUUCGUGCUGGAGAAGCUGCCGGAACUGAAGCAACAGGGUCUGGCUGUGACCAGCGUCGCCAAUGCCAUCCCGUAUUGCUCCGAUGCCUGGGCGCUACUUAAUGAAGAGCAAAAAGAAAAGUAUGCAGAAAUGGCUCGUCAGUGGAAAACUACUAAGUCAGAAGUAGCAGAAAAGCCACGUAGAGAAGUCCCAGUACCGUUUCCUACUCAAAGUCAGGAUAUGAUUCCUGUUACAAACCUUACAAGCCCAUUUAAGUAUGAACAAGAUGUGCUCGAAACUUCCUUCUACUUUCUGAAUAUCUUCAGUCAUGGAAUGUUGCCCCCUCACUGCAAUAAGCGUUUCCUCCCUUGUGAAAUUGGGUGUAUCAAAUAUUCACUUAAGGAUGGCAUAAUUGCAGAAUUUCAUCAUUUUAUAAAUCCUGGAGAAGUACCACGGGGAUUUCGGUUUCAUUGCCAGGCUGCAGGUGAUGCUACCCAUAAAAUUCCCAUAUCUGGUUUUGAUAUUGCAACUGCAAGUUACUCAGUUGUGUUGCAUGACCUAUAUGAGUUCAUCAAACCACAAAGGGGCAACUGGCCAUCUGUACAUUGUAAGUCUGAUGAUCACUUCAGAGUUAACUGGUGCCUAAAAUAUAUGGCUAAAGAAACAGGCAGCGUCAAUCAUCUACAGCUUUUAAAUGUGGAGGAUCUUGUUGUGGAGCUGUAUUAUAAAAAACUUCAAAAAGAACCUUCUAAAACUUGGGUGUGUAACAUACUGGAUGCUUCCAUGUGGGAUUACUCAGGAAAUACUAGGUGUCAGUGGCAUGAAAAAAAUGAUAUUGUAUUCUGUGCUCUUGCUACAUGCAAGAAAAUUGCAUACUGCAUCAGCAAUUCUCUAGCAAAUAUGUAUGAAAUCCAAUUAACUGCAUCUCAUUUACCACUAACUGAGAAGAACUGCAAGAGCAUAACAAACCCUAAGAUGAUAGUGCUGGAUGCUGGACGCUUCCAGAAAGGGAAAGUCGAAAGCACUGGAAAUGAUAGUUAUUUCAGAUCACUUAAUAAGGAUCAUGAUGCCACACCUUGUAGUGGUGUAAUUCCUUCAGGAGUGAAAACGAUGCAUACACCCAUCCCUAGAAGUGGAAGAGGAAUCGCACAGUUUUUGGAAAGCACCUUCAAGUAGUCCAACACUUAGAAGCAUUCAAUGCUUCUGUGUAUGUGAUUAUAAUUAUCAUUAGAUAAUUAAUGUUACAUUUAUCUGCUAUAUAAUUUUUAUGAAAUUUAUGUUAUAUUUUUAUGAAAAAAAUCAUUUGGGAAAAUUUUGUUCUUAAAGUAACAUGUUUUAGUUGCUGUAAGGCAGGCUGUGAUGAAUAUUUCUCUGAUUAGGAAUGUUUAAUGAAAAUUAGAGUAGACUGACUAGUGAAAUCAGUGACUAAUUUUUCAAGCAAUGCUUUGAUUGCUAAGGCCUAUAGUACAUUAUUCAGAGAACAAAGAUUAUCCACCUUUUUUGCUUUCCUAUUGAAGUUAAUUUUGCUUUUUAUAUAGCAUAAGAAAUCUUUAGCAAUAGGGCUAAUUUUUCACAAAUUAAUACCAAAUGGCUGUUGCUUAAGUUUUGUGCAGUCGAUUACAAAACUCUUGUACCCAGGAAUUAGAUAAUUGCAAAAUCAGAGUAGAAAUUAUUCUGCUAUUCUGAAAAUGCUAUAAAAAUGCUAUAACAAGGCAAUAAAGAUUAUUUAUUCCUUAAGAUUAUAUAUUCCUGAUGGUCAGUGUUAAUUUUUUUUAGGAUACUUAUAAAUCCAAACCAUGUUAUACCAGUCUUUCUUAAACCAAUAUUAAACUGCUGUUCUAAUUUUACUAAA